CUUUUUCCGGGUACCCGUGAGUCGGUUGGGGGAGGGCAUCCUCUCUCACCCUGGCCGCUCAUUCUGAGACCCGGGGCUGUCUGCUGAAUGAAUUCUGCCGGAAAAUGGAGCACUCCAGUUUUCUGGCCGGCCUGAUACUGUCUGUCCUUCUCUCCCAAGUGAGUCCCUAUAAGAUAUCCGUGGAGGAACUGGAGGACAAGGUGUUGCUGAGUUGUAACACCAGCAUCAUAUGGAUGGAGGGAACGAUGGGAACGCUAUUUCGCAACGAUACAAAUCUGGACCUGGGAAAACGCAUCCUGGACCCACGAGGAGUGUAUACGUGCAAGAGGCCAGACGAACAAGACAAGAUACGUUACAUGCAAGUAUAUUAUCGAAUGUGUCAGAACUGUGUGGAACUGGACUCAGGCACCCUAGCCACCAUCAUCAUCAUGGACAUAAUCGCCACUCUUUUCCUCGCUUUGGGGGUCUAUUGCUUUGCGGGAUAUGAGACCGGAAGGCUCUCUAAGGCCGCUGACACUCAAGCUCUCCUGGGAAAUGACCAGCUCUAUCAGCCCCUGCGAGAUCGGAAUGAUGCUCAGUACAGUCAUCUUGGUGAAAACUGGCCUCGGAAGAAGUGAACCGGAGACCGGUGGCUUAUAGGAGUAUCAGCUACAUCGACUGCACCUCCUUUCCUUGUUCAGCAAAUAAAGAUGUCUUCUCUCCCUCAG